AUGCUUGGUAUUCCACUGAUCUCAGAAUAUAUCCAUAGAGUGGUCAAACCACAAAUGGUUGCUGAUAGAGUGGAUUUUUUGAAUUAUUAUGCAACAUCACUGCUAUUAGCUUUGGUAGCAUUGGCUAUCUCAGCAAAACAGUAUUUCGGUUCACCAAUUCAAUGCUGGGUCCCUAUGGAAUUUCGAGGUGGUUGGGAAAAGUAUGCAGAAGAUUAUUGUUUUAUUCAGAAUUCAUACUAUAUUCCGUUUACGGAACAGAUACCAGAAGAACUACAUGAACGGAGAGAUCAGAUCAGCUAUUAUCGGUGGGUACCGAUAGUAUUAGCGCUGCAAGCUUUGAUGUUUUUUACGCCAAACUAUUUUUGGAGUAUUUUUUAUAAAGAAACAGCAAUACAACCACAAGGGAUAGUAAAGGAAGCUAAGAAAUGUUCUACUUUACAUGGUCAUAGUCGUGACGUAGAAAUUCGAAAUUUGGCAGAAUAUAUUGGAGAUACAGUAUCAGUUUUCAAUUCUCAGGAUAGUUCCAGAAUGGGAUUUGCUCGAUCGGGUCGAAAUGCUACAAUGUUGUAUUUGCUAACAAAGCUUCUUUACGUAUUAAACAUCAUUGGCCAGAUUUACAUGUUAGAUCACUUCUUCGGUGGCGACUAUCUGCAGUGGGGCUUUCAAACAAUAACGGAUGUAGUAUCCGGAAAAGAAUGGAUGGAAUCAGCAAUAUUCCCACGUGUUAUCAUGUGUGACUUCCAGGUACGUCGCCUCGGUAAUGUGCAGCGUCAUACGGUACAAUGUGUCAUAAUGAUGAAUAUGAUCAACGAGAAAUUUUACUUAUUUCUCUUGUUUUGGCUUAUUUUUGUAGGUGUUUGCACGGUUAUAAAUUUCUUGUACUAUCUUUUUCUGAUGUGUAUGUCAACAGCACGUGCGCAAUUGGUAUUGUGGAAUAUUAACAGACAUGAGUGGAAGUUGUCCGGAUUUCAUAGUGACGAUAUGAAGCGUUUCGUAGAGGAUUUCCUUCGACCUGAUGGGGUACUUCUGCUAAAAUUUGUCAGUGAACACGUCGAUGCCAGAAUAUCUCGAGAUCUUGUUAACGAGCUGAUUCGAAUUUAUUCAAAACAGCAAAACAUAUCCAUAGAGAAUGACAGCAAGCAAACGUCGAGUGUAUCUUCAGAUGAAAAGGCGUUGCUGACCAAUGGCAAGAUCAAUAAAAAGUAUUAUGGAAAUUUUGGGAAAAAUAUUAAGUCUCUUUACCCUUCAAAAGGCAAUAUACCAAUACCAAGUCAAAUGUCGCGCUCACCACUGUAUGGUGCCGGCUACGAAAGUGCCCCUGCUCUGGAAGAUCUGGUUGACGGAACCCUACCUAUUCGAGCGAUGGUACGCGCUCGAAUUGCGCAGUCUCAGAAUCAUCCCACCGAGAAUGUUUAUGGUAGUCCUGGAUCUCAACUGCGGCAGAAUACACCUACUGAAGUUUAA